UUUGGUAGUUGUUGUAUGAGGAAGUUUUUUGAAUUUGUAACGACUUUUUCUUGUGCUACGCUACCGCAUAUUACUGAAGUCGAUCAUGUCGAAGACGAAAGAAAAAAAACAGAAUCAAUUCAAUAUGGAUGAAUAUGUGAAGUCUCUUAGAAUUCCACCUCAACACGAGGACGAUACUAGGGAAUUUCUGGAGAAAGUUCAUGCUCAUGAAGCUUUUGAAAACGAAGAUUACAAAUGGUCAUUGGACGAUUUCGAAAUAGGACAUAGAUUAGGAAGAGGAAAAUUCGGUAGAGUGUUCAUUGCGCGUGAAAGGAAGACUGGCCUAAUUGUGGCCAUGAAAACUUUGCAUAAAAAGGAAAUUGUAAGGGGACGAGUCGAACGUCAAGUUAUGCAAGAAAUUGAAAUCCAGAGUCAUUUAAAGCACCCCAACAUUUUGGAAUUGAUGACCUAUUUUCACGAUUCCCACCGAAUUUACCUAAUAUUGGAGUUUGCUGCUAAAGGUGAAUUGUAUAAACACAUAAAGAACUUUCCAGAAGGAAGGUUAAACGAACAUUUGUCGGCAAAAUAUAUUUAUCAAGUGGCUGAUGCACUUCAUUAUUGUCACAAAAACAAUGUCAUUCAUCGGGAUAUAAAACCAGAAAACUUACUUCUAAGUAUAACCGGUGAUGUAUUGGUGGCAGAUUUUGGUUGGUCUGUUCAUUCUCCUUCAGCAAGAAAAACUCUAUGCGGUACUUUGGAUUAUUUGCCGCCUGAAAUGGUUAAAGGUCAGACAUACAAACAAGCCGUUGACAAUUGGUGUUUAGGCAUUUUGUGUUACGAAUUUUUGACUGGAAGUCCCCCAUUUGAAAGCUCCGGAACAGAUGAAACUUACAAAAAAAUUGCAGACUGCUAUUUGACGUUUCCAAGCUAUAUUUCUGAAGGCGCUAAAGAUCUUAUAAAUAAGCUUUUGAAGAAGAACAGUCAGGAGCGUCUUUCUUUACCAGGGGUCAUGACCCACUACUGGGUAGUUGCCAACAAAAGCAAAGCAUCACAUAACAAAUAAUGGAGUUGUAGAAGAUUGUUGGUUGCAUUUUUUCACAGCUAAAGUGUUAUUCAGUGGGAGUAAUUUCCACUAUAAUAACCAAUAAUUGUUUUUUUUAUUAAAAAAUACAAAAUAUGUACACUUUAGUAGUGAAUUAUUUUAUUAUUGUUUUAUGUCUAGUAUUAAUUAAGGAUUUAAGAGUUAAUUUAAUUAAUUGAUUAAUUGAAUUCAACCUCUUCCCUAUACUUAUCUUUUUACCCAAUAAUUUAAUUUACGAAAAUACAUCAAUUUUAAAUUUUUAAGAUUU